GUACCUGCCUUGGGUAACCCGUGUGAAUUCAUUCAGGUACCGGCCUUGGGUAACCCGUGUGAAUUCAUUCAGGUUCCCGCCUUGGGUAACCCGUGUGAAUUCAUUCAGGUUCCCGCCUUGGGUAACCCGUGUGAAUUCAUUCAGGUUCCCGCCUUGGGUAACCCGUGUGAAUUCAUUCAGGUACCGGCCUUGGGUAACCCGUGUGAAUUCAUUCAGGUACCGGCCUUGGGUAACCCGUGUGAAUUCAUUCAGGUACCGGCCUUGGGUAACCCGUGUGAAUUCAUUCAGGUACCGGCCUUGGGUAACCCGUGUGAAUUCAUUCAGGUACCGGCCUUGGGUAACCCGUAUGAAUUCAUUCAGGUACCGGCCUUGGGUAACCCGUGUGAAUUUACACAAUCCCGGGAUGCCCGUGUCGUGAAUUCA